AUGCUGCCUACGCCUGCUCCGUCUUCUCCUCCAACCUCUCCCAAGCUAUCCGCAGUUGCUGCUGAGGACCAUGCCAUUGUGUACCCAGCUCCCCCAAAGAACCGCGGCAGCGCGCCUUUCCAUGUGCUCGCGGCUCUCUUCGACAAGCUCCAGACCGAACGCAAGCCUGAGAAGCGGAGAAAGCUACUGGACUCGUGGUUUAACCAUUGGAGGGAAGAGAAGGGAUACGACUUGUUUCCUGUGCUCCGCCUGAUACUACCCCAGGCAAACCGUGAGCGCGCAGUGUACGGUCUGAAAGAGAAGAACCUCGCAAAGACAUACAUCAAGCUCAUCCCUCUCGGCACAAGAGACCCUGACUCCAUCCGAAUGUUGAACUGGAAGAAGCCCACUGAGCGAGAUAAAUCCUCGGGCGACUUCCCCACUGUGCUCUACGAGGUCAUCAGCAAGCGGUCCUCCGUGAUCGAAGGCUCGCUCACCGUCGACGAAUUGAACGACAUUUUGGACGAACUGGCACAGAACAUGGGCAAAUCGCACUCCAGGAUCCUGCAACGAGUGUACAACCGCAGCACGCCCGAGGAGCAACGAUGGAUCGUCCGCAUCAUCCUCAAAGAUAUGCAGAUGUCGGUGAAAGAGACGACCGUGUUCUCCGUCUUUCAUCCCGACGCGCACGACCUCUUCAACACCUGCUCUGACCUCAAGAAGAUCGCCUGGGAGCUUUGGGACCCCGCCCGGCGGCUGAACGACGAGGACAAAGGCGCACAGCUCUUCCGCGCGUUCGCGCCGAUGUUGUGUAAGCGGCCGACACGACGGAUCGAGGAGAGCGUAAAGGAGAUGCAGGGCCGCACGUUUAUCAUGGAGGAGAAGCUCGACGGCGAGCGGAUGCAGCUGCAUAAGCGCGGGAACGAGUAUUUCUAUUGUUCCAGGAAGGGUAAGGACUACACGUAUUUGUAUGGGAAACAUGUCGGCACCGGGAGCUUGACGCCUUACAUCCAUGGGGCGUUCGACCCGCGAGUGGAUGAGAUCAUCCUUGACGGAGAGAUGCUCGUAUGGGAUCCCGUCUCUGAGCGGAACCUGCCGUUUGGUACCCUCAAGACAGCUGCGCUUGACAAGUCGAAGAAAGAGGCAAGCCCACGCCCAUGCUUCAAGGUCUUCGACCUCCUCUACCUCAACGGACUCUCGCUCCUGCAUAAGUCGGUCAAGUUCCGGAAACGGAACUUGCGCUCCUGCCUGCGGGAGGUGCCGGGGCGGAUCGAGUUCGUGACAGAGUCAGAGGGCAAGACCGCGAAAGACGUGCGCGUCCGGAUGGACGAGAUCAUGGCGGGGCGCGGGGAGGGCCUCGUGAUGAAGCACCCGGACUCGGAGUAUGUGUUGAAUGGGAGGAAUCGGGAUUGGAUUAAGGUGAAGCCAGAGUAUAUGGACAACAUGGGUGAAACAGUCGAUGUUCUUGUUGUAGGUGCGUAUUGCACCCGCAUCUCCCUAUCCACUGGCAACUACGGUACCGGCAGGCGGUCCGGAGGUGUGUCCACGUUGAUUUGCGCUGUCCUCGACGAUCGUCGUCCCUCGGACGAUGACGAGCCCCAAUAUAGUUCGUUCGUCCGGAUUGGCACUGGUCUCUCCUAUGCGGACUAUAUCUGGGUCCGCCAGAAGCCAUGGAAAGAGUGGGACCCGAAGAACCCGCCGAGCUUCCUCCAGACGUCGAAGAAGGGGACGGAGGACAAGGGCGACGUCUACCUGGAGCCCGAGGAUUCGUUCAUUGUCAAAGUCAAGGCUGCUGAGAUUACUUCCUCAGACCUGUGUCAUAUGGGCUUGACGAUGCGCUUCCCUCGAGCGUUGCAGAUCCGGGAUGACCUGGAGAUCAGCGACUGUAUGACGGCUACCGCGGUCUUUGAGAGCUUGCGCUCGGAGAGGAAGCGCAAGAUGGAAGUUUCGGACGAUAAGCCAAAGAAGAAGCAGAAGAAGAUCAGGAAACCGGUGACUAUUAUGCCCGAGUAUCAAGGUGUCAAUCUCAAGGACAUCGAAGUCGAGAGCGACCUUUUCAAAGGCAUGAAGUUCAUGGUCGCAUCAGAUCCCAAGUCGAGGACAGGUGAAAAGGAUAAGGGCGAACUGCUUAAGUUGGUCCAUGCAAACGGUGGUAAUUACGUUCAAAUCGCCAGAGACGACCCCAAGUUGUUGGUGGUCUAUGGGGGCGCGAGCACCCCGUAUGACAUCAAGCUCAUCAUGAACAAAGGGGUCUGCGACAUAAUCAGGCCCCAGUGGAUUAUGGAUUGUAUCGCGAAGGAAGAGCUGGUACCGUUCACGAAGAAAUACUUCUUUCACGCUACCUCCCGUCGACUAAAGGAUGAUGAGUAUGAUGUGGACGAAGACACAGAAGACGAGGCUGAACAGCCUUCAACGAGUAUCGCACUUCAGGUGUCUCAACCGGUUGAAGUUGACGAUGACAAGACUGAAUCUGAGGAAGAAGACCCCGAGUUGGCGGACUGGUUCAAGGUCAAAGAGAAUGCGUCGCAGAGACCGGAGGUCCAGCGUCCAGUCACGGACAGCGAGACGGAAGCAGACUCGGAUAACGAAGACGUUAACCGAGAUGAAGACAACCACCCCGACGAGGAUGACAGCGACGAUUGGGUCAACGUGAAACCUGAGGACCCUUCAGCGAGUUCUCCUGGCGUCCGAAUGGGUGAAGACGAUACUGCGAUGGAGUAUGACCAGGACCUGAUAUUCAAGCAUCUCUGCUUCUAUCUCGACACGCCAGAUAACGCACGGAAGCAUGGCAUGAGCGUAAAGGCGAAGAACGAAAGCGACAUCAGCCGAAGGCAAAAUGGCGGCAAAGUCGUCGACUUGGACGAGCCCAAGCUCACCAUGUCGUCGUCGACAAGCGGGAUCCUAGCGCCGCUUGAGCUCAUGCAGCACCUCCAAGUAAGCUUAUAUUUGGAAAAGAGCAGCACCUAA